AUGAUUAGAAGAUCUUCCCUUAUAUUCACUAGAUCCAUAUCGACAUCUUUUUCAUUACCAGUGAAUAAGACUUUAGAAAUUUUCAAGGCAACAAAUGCCAAUUUUGAAGGAUUAUUCACUAACAAUGCUAUAAAUCAAUUAUGGUUUCAAAGAGGUCAACAAUUAGUUCAAAACUUGAAUCAACACUUAGCCCAAACCAAUAAUGGAUUACUUAGUGACACCAAUACCAGUGGUACCAAUGAUAAUGGUAAUGAAAAUAUUGUUAAUUAUUCUUUAAAUGAAAUCGUAUCUAUCACAAUGAAUAAGCCAGAAUUAUUUCAUAUUCAUAAAAAUGCCACUAAUUUAUAUAAUUUACAAUUUUUCUUUGAAAAUAUUCGACAAUUAGAACAACAACCACAAGAAAUCAUACCUAGUGGACCAGAAGUUUUAUUAAAAACUCCAAAAGAUCAAUUUAAAAAUGUUCCACUGGAUAAAGAAUUAGUUGAUUGGAUUGAACAUUCAUUUGGAUCGAUUCAAGAAUUAAGAAAUUUGAUUAUAAAUUCUGCAAAGGGGAUAAAAGGUGAUGGUACUGUUUGGUUAGUAGCUGAAAGUACCAUGAGUGAGAAUUAUUUGAGUAAAAGUAAUUUUUCAUCACCAUUAUUUCAUAAUUUGGCAAUUGUCAAUACAUAUAAUGGUGGUAUGAUUGAUGAUUCUGAAAGAUCAGGUCAAUUAAGAAGAAUGAAGAGUGUAUUGCAACAACAACAACAACAAGAAGAAGAAGAAGAAGGAGAAGGCAAGUCAACAGAAAACAAACAAAAAAACAACUCAACUAGUGAGUUUGAAUUGGGAUCUGUUGAACAAGCUGAAUUAGAAACAGCUUUCCAUAAUAAGAGAUUGGUGCCUGCUUUAGCCAUCGAUGUUUCUCCAAGAAAUUAUUUGAUUGACUAUGGUGCAUAUGGUAAACAACAAUAUUUGGAAAAUGUUUGGGAAUGUAUUGAUUGGGAUAUCGUUUUAAGAAGAUUACCACCAAGAUCCAAACAAGUAAUUACUGUGUAA